UUCUCUUACCUAGACUCGACUGGCUCUAUCAGAUUCAGUCCAACUGUUCUCCGCAGAGAGCGAGUGCGGAGAGCUGGCCGAUCCACGGGGGGCGUUUUUUUGUCUCCUGGUCUGGCUGGACUAGAAUCGACACUUUUCCCGUUGUGCGCUCACCGGACACAAGACAAAAGUCAAAUCCAACGUUAAGGUCCGUGUCAAGCUGUAGUUAACUUAGUUAGUUAGUGAAUAAGUAAGUUAGUGAAUAUUGAAUUGGUUAGUUGACUGGUUGGAGACUCUCUAAGCUCAGACUGGAGGUACGCCGCGAAGCGACACCGCUCCGUGACUCGACUCUAUUACUCCGGAGCUUCCCUUCCCUCGCUCAACUUUCACUCUUUCUCUCUCUCUUUCUCUUCCAGUCCCGGGUCUGUGCAAUUAGUUCUCCAUCCAUCUCCUUGGUGGUCUAUUCGAUUCUUGUCGCCUCCAAUUAAUCGUGUCUGGUUGUUUGAACGUCCGCCAUGCUGUCCACCCUUCGUCUUGCCAGCCGCCAGACGGCUUCCCGUCAGUCUGGCCUGCGCACCCUGCUCGCAGGUGUUCGUCCGGCCUCGACUUGGUCGAGUGUCCCUCAGGGACCUCCGGAUGCCAUCUUGGGUAUCACGGAAGCCUUCAAGGCUGACUCAUUCAAGGAGAAGAUCAACCUGGGUGUUGGUGCUUACCGUGACGACCAGGGCAAGCCGUACGUCCUGCCCUCCGUCCGCGCCGCAGAGGACAAGAUUGUCAACGCGCGCCUCGACAAGGAGUAUGCCGGUAUCACUGGUGUCCCGGCCUUCACAGCGGCUGCGGCCAAGCUGGCCUACGGCGCCGACUCCCCUGUGAUCGCAGAGGACCGUCUUGCCAUCACUCAGACCAUCUCCGGUACCGGUGCUCUGCGCAUCGGAGGUGCUUUCCUCCAGCGUUUCUACCCUCACGCGAAGAAGAUCUAUAUUCCUACCCCCAGCUGGGCCAACCACAAUGCCGUCUUCAAGGACUCCGGCCUCGAGGUUGACAAGUACCGCUACUACAACAAGGACACCAUUGGUCUGGACUUUGAGGGUCUGAUUGAGGACCUCAAGGCCGCUCCGGCCCAGAGCAUCAUCCUGCUCCACGCCUGCGCUCACAACCCUACCGGUGUUGACCCCUCGGAGGAGCAGUGGCGCAAGAUCAGCGACGUCGUGAAGGAGAAGGGCCACUUUGCCUUCUUCGAUAUGGCCUACCAGGGUUUCGCCAGUGGAAACGCUGACCGCGAUGCCUUUGCUCCCCGUUACUUUGUCAAGGAGGGCCACAACAUUGCUCUCUGCCAGAGCUUUGCCAAGAACAUGGGUCUCUACGGUGAGCGUGUUGGUGCUUUCUCCCUCGUUUGCGAGUCUCCCGAGGAGAAGAAGCGCGUCGACUCUCAGAUCAAGAUCCUCACCCGUCCUCUAUACUCCAACCCUCCCAUCCACGGUGCCCGCAUCGCCUCGACCAUCAUGAACGACCCUGCCCUGAACAAGCAGUGGCUCGGUGAGGUCAAGGACAUGGCUGACCGCAUCAUCAAGAUGCGUGCUCUGCUCAAGAAGAACCUGGAGGACCUGGGCAGCAAGCACGACUGGUCUCACAUUACCAGCCAGAUCGGAAUGUUCGCCUACACUGGUCUGAAGCCCGAGCAGAUGGACGCUCUGGCCAAGGAGCACUCCGUCUACGCUACCAAGGACGGCCGUAUCUCCGUUGCUGGUAUCACCACCGGCAACGUCAAGAGACUCGCCGAGGCCAUCUACAAGGUCACCGGCUAAACGCCCACCAAAAUAAUUCACGGAACGUUGAAAAUGGGGUUUAAAAAUGCUGUUCAUGAUCGAUGAUUCAUCCAUUCGGGGCCCCUUGAUGUACUGAUAUCCUAGCGGU